AUGUCAUACACUCGAGUCUACUUUGGUCGAAUUCCUCGUGAUACUGAAGUCCGAGACUUGGAAGGACUCUGUGGAAAAUAUGGCCGAGUUCGAGAUUGCAAAGUAUUGAACGGAUUUGGAUUUGUCGAAUUCGAUGAUCCUCGUGAUGCCGCUGAUGCUGUACGAGGCUUGGACAGGACUCGCUUCUUGGGUGAAAGAUGGAUGGGUGCUAUUGAUGCUGUCAGCCAUGGAUUUUCAGCAUCAGUAGCACCCAACAUUCAAGUCGAGCCAGCUCGUGGUGGACGUCGUGACCGAGACGAUCGUGGACCACCACGUGAUCGUCCUCGUGGGAACGGACCGCGUGGCACUGGCGAAUUCAGAUUGAAAAUCGGUGGCCUUCCUCGUGGAACAAGCUGGCAGUCAAAACUUAGUGAUGUUGACAGGGAUGGAGAGGGUUUCGUCGAAAUGUCCAAUCAGCAGGACAUGGAGAAAGCCAUCCGCGAGUUGGAUGAUUACGAAUUCCGUGAAGUUCGUAUCUUUGUUAAGGAGGAUGCAUCCGCCGGCCGAAAUGGAGGAGGAAGCGCUGCUGGAGGAGGACACCGAGACCGCUCUCGUUCGCCACGAGGUGGUCGAGACCGUUCACGAUCUCCUCGUCGCCGCUCACCGUCUCCCCGACGAUCACGAAGCCCUCCUCGUCGAGACCGUAGCCCUCACGAUUAA